AUGCCAGAAAUUGAUUGGAACAUAGAGAACACUCGGAUCCUUUGUGGUUUGAUGGCUGAGCAAGUUGAGAAAGGAAAUCGCCCAAAUACAUUCUUGAAUUCAGUGGGUUAUGCUGAGGUUGAGAAAGAAUUCAAAGAUCGUACGGGUAUUGUACUGACCAAGAACCAAAUCAAGAACAAGUGGGACAAAUUGAAGGAAGAUUUCAAGGCAUGGAGAAAGCUAACGACGAUGCAAACAGGAAUCGGUUGGAAUAAUGGCACUAUUAAUAUGGACGAUGAAUGGUGGAAGAAAGCUAGAGCUGAUUUUCCGGAAUGUGGGAAGUUUAGGAAGCAGCCGCUUCAAAAUGAAGAUGAGUUAGCAAUUUGUUUUCAAGGCAUUGUGACCAUGGACACAUUUCGUGAUAGUUUGGCUACAUCCAUCGCAUUAGCUUGGAAUUAA